AUGGGGAACGAGGUUAUGGCGGCUUCCGAUGUCUCCCACGUUUUACCUUCAGAGGAACAUGAGGAGAACGUCGAGGUUUUACCUGAAGAGAACAUCAAGGAAGAAAUCACCAAAAAAGUAGGAAGAAGAAUAAGGAAGUCCUCAGGGGGAUCUCCUGGAACGGCCUAUAUACAAGUCAUCCCUCUGAAUGGAGAAGCCGGUGACCUGAACCACGUGAAGGACCUUCUGACCAACAGGAACUUCCCAUAUAAAGAGUCUACGACUGAGAUCACCAGUAUAGCGGCAACCACAGAAUGUGCAAAGAAAGAGCGGAGCACGCAGUGCCAGUGCGAGGACGGAUUCCAGUUUGACCUGGAGCAGUGCCGAUCGCACCCGUCGUGUUACAUCCCAUUGGAAAUCGAGUCGUUCUGCUUCUGCCCUAACCUGAACGCGAACAGCACAGUGUACUGCGAGGAGCCCCCCACAUCUCCAGGACAAAUAACAUCAUCCCCGUAUCCGGCCAUGGUGGGCAGCGAUCUGGUCCUGGAGUUCUCCUCGGCGCAUGACGUGACCAACAUACGGUGGUUCCUGGUGAACGUGUUGUCAAGCACGAUCUUGGAGGUUCACAAUGGGACCACAGCCACGGUGGUGACCUCCAGCAGGAAGUCAACUCUGACCAUCAAGAACAUACCCAGAUACUGGGGAGGUCUAUACAUCUGCAGAUUCGAUUAUCGGACCUUACACUGGCAGAACAGUCACAUGGUGGAGUUUCCCCUCAGCCCCUCGGAUAUUGCCCCCAACCCGCCCAACGCUUUUCUCUGGAAUAAUUUCACCACGUUCCCAGGGAUCACAGUGGAGUGCUGCAUCCCAGAUGAUGGACGUACAUACUAUGUAUACUGGGAACCUGGACACAUCAUAUCAGAUCCUGUAUACAGAGGGGAGCGGCUGUGUUUCCCGCUGACGAUCAGUGAUGUCCCGGGGGAGGACACAGAUUACAGAUGUAUAUUUGAGGAUGAUCUGGAUACGGUUGUAGAGUCUCGAGUCCAUGUUGGGGUCAUUAGUGACACAGACCGGCUGUGCACCGAGGACGGGGACGAUAGAUGGAAGGGGACCAAAGCCGGAUAUGACGCUGAAAUCCCCUGUGACAGCGAUAAAAGGGGAAGAAUUACCAGAAGCUGCUCUAUGAGUGGUGAGUGGGCGGCACCACAAGCCUCAUGUAUGGACGUCAGGCUGCUGGCCCUUCUGGAGCAGGCUCAGAGGCUCGUCGGUGGAUUGGGAACACCGGGGUCAGAUAUUCCACAGAUGAUGGAGCGUUUAAGGAACUACACGGUGCCGAGCCGGAACCACAUCAGCGAUCCUGGAGAUAUCAUCACGGUGGUGGAAACCAUAACGCUGCUCUCCACGGCGGCCGAAGAGAACAAUAUGCAGAUCUACACUGCUACCAUGUCGGAUCUCCUCACCGUUUCCAGUCGGCUGCUUCAUUUCCCUAUGAGAUUCUUCUGGACUCCGGCCCUUAUAAGACGACCGUUCCUUGGCUCCAUGUUCCUGAAGUCAGUUGAAAACAUUUCCAAACUUUAUGAACCGGAUUCAGCGUCCUUCAUGUUCUUCAGGCCUAAUGUCCAAAUGAACAUGGUGGUCCUGAGCCCCUUGGUGUGGACCGACUACUCCAAAUCCUUCAACACAACCCCCACCGUUUCAGUGGUCAUAAAAGGUGUUGACAUGAGCUCCGGUGGUAACGUUACCACGGUAACCAUUCUCCUGAGGAACCUCAGUAAGAUUCUCCCGGUGAAUUUUGGAGAAAGUGUGAAAGGUCACGGCCACAGAAUAGCAAGUUACGUCAUCGCCAACACCAUUAGGACCGGGAACCAGAGCAGGAGAGAAGCGGAUUUAGAUAUGGUGUUUCUUCGUAGGAAGGAACCCAACAGGACUGAUGACGCUACUGCCCAAUGUGUCUUUUGGGAUGAUGACCUCUUUGAGGGAAGUGGAGGCUGGUCAACAGAAGGAUGCCGGACAACUCUGGUAAAUGGCAGUGUGGUGUGCCGGUAUAGACGCGUGGCGGCCUUCUCGGUCUUGAUGUCUCGUGGUGUUUUCGAGGACGAUGUUUUGGAGCCCGUCAGCCAGGCUGGGGCCUUUUUGUCCAUCUUGUGUCUACUCAUCUGUCUCGUAGUCUACUUCGCAGAGUGGAAGUUUGUGGUGAAGGAUGACGUCACCUUCUAUCGGCAAAUUUCCUUGAUCAACAUUUGCGUGUCUAUGUUUAUUGCGGACGCUUGGUUCUUAGGGUCAACCUUCAUACGAGACAGCACUCAUGCCAACAAGUUGUGCGUCUCGGCGGCCUUCUUCCAGCACUACUUCUAUCUGGCCAUGUUGUCCUGGAUGAUGAUCCAGGGGCUCAUCCUCCUCUACGAGCUUGUCUUUUCCUCCUACCAUCUCAUCAGAGUUGCCGUGAUUUCGGCCAUGGUCGGGAUCGGCUAUGUCUGUCCGCUCGUUGUCGCCAGCGCGACUAUCGGUAUUGACUAUCCCAAGGAAGGCUACAUUACGGAAGGCGCCAUGGCCUGGAACGUAUUCCAACCACCUAGUGUCGAAGAGCCACCGGAGGAAGAGGACAACACUAAAUUUUGGGUGUCCAGAGGACUCACCCUUCUAACAACUGUAUUUGGCAUAAUAAUGUUUCUGGAGUCAGCAGUGCUGAUCGAUGGGGACCACGAGGACUUUUAUACUGCACUUGAGAUCAUCAACUCCUUCCAGGGGGUGAUUAUCCUGAUCAUCGGACUUCUCCUGGACAGAAGGAUUCGGGAGGCCCUGGGGAAGGUCAUCCUAAAGUUUCUGGCUCUGUUCUCGUUCCUGAAGUGCUGCCCAUGUAACUCGUACAACGUGGAGCAGAACCCCGAACUGGAAGCCCCCGAGACGUACAGACAGAUGGAGGACAGCUAAUACCACGAGAGACCAGCCACGUCCCGAAGAAGAUACAUAACACUGUAUUAUGGCAAUCUACUGUGAAGAUUUAAACUACCUGUAGGGGGCGAUCUCAUACUCUGCAGAACGUCGUCUAUAUACCCCUCCAAACUGAGGCGGGAAUACUCAAUCUCUGACCCAUUUUCUCCAA